GAUUGAUGUCCGAAUAAGGAGCCACUUGCAGACUCAUUUCUCGGGCAGUUAUUUUCUCCGAGUGCCCUGGCCAAACAAAGAACCAGCUUGUGUUGUACUUGAGGACAUCACCUGAAUCAGACCCGACCCCUCACGAUGACCGAAGCAGUAUCGACCCCGACCCCACCACGUCACUCGCCCCCAACAUCACCAACCAGACCGAAGGGGAUACUGAAGAACACUAAUGCUGCUUUGCCUACAAGCACUCGCUUGCAAUGGGACGAAGCCAAUCUCGCAGCCACAGAGAUUGGGAAAGAUAGUCUAAUGAAGAUCACCGAGCCUAAAACCCCCUUUGUCCGAUACAAUGCAGAAUUGGAUCAGGUCGAAGGGAUGACUGAAAUUCCGCCAUUCAACCUGGAUUCCCCACUUCAGGAUGCCUCUCCAUUGCUUGGAUCGUCACCCCGGGAUAUUGCUUUUGACAGCUCCAAAAUCCCCCCAGAUAGUCCAUCGCGUCCUGGUGCACAACGCCCUGGGUCUGAAAGGGGAUCGCGCCGCACGUCUUUCAGCGGCCGGCAAUCAGGCAGCCGUUCAGCAAGUGCAGGAAGCAGAACUCCCAGUUUCAGCUUGCCAUCCAACGAGGCUCACCUCAAAGACACCGAUGGGCUGGGACUUACAAUGGGAAAGGAUGAUGACGACGAUGUAAUGGAUGCAGAAACUGCAGCAAAACAUGCAGAGUUCGUUCAUAAACGCGACAGACAUUAUUCCAACGAGGCUGAGGCUAUGAAGCGCGCAGCGGCUCUUAUGGCGCAGGAUGAUGAAGAGGAAGAGGGUGGCUCUAGCAGCUACAAUCAGGAGCAACAAACAUUGCCAAACGGACGCGCUGGCUAGUACUAUGCACCUCGAAUUCAGUUUACGAAUCCUUCGCACAAGAGUUUAUUUUCUUUCUUUUUCUUUGUUCGGCUGUUCUGCGGCGUCAUGGAAGUGUUACUCCAACACCGCGGUUUCUCACUAUUUGUCUGCAUUCCAUUGUAGGUAGCGAGAUGCGUAACGCCACUUGUAUCGUUAACAAACGACAAGAAACAUAAUUACUUUCCUCUUACGGUACUUUGCGGCAGCGCCGUUUUCCCACGGUCCAACAGAUCGCAGAAUUUUUUCGGGGCUCGCUCUUCGUACUCAUCUUCUUUGCCGAUCCCUCCGUAGACAGGUUUUCGGGAUGGAGGAUAGCAAGCAGACAUUAGAG